AUUUCAUCCUGUAGUGCGUUAGAAGGUACUUUCAUUUCUUCGCGUGUAUUGAACGCCCACCAUGUGGAACAACUGGUAUGGCCUCUGCCUUCCUAGACCAGAGCCUGGGGAGACAGACAGAUGUUAAACCAGACACACAGAUAAGCUUUGAAAUUUAAAAACAAUGGAGAAGACUCAAGAAACAGUCCAAAGAAUUCUUCUAGAACCCUAUAAAUACUUACUUCAGUUACCAGGUAAACAAGUGAGAACCAAACUUUCACAGGCAUUUAAUCAUUGGCUGAAAGUUCCAGAAGACAAGCUACAGAUUAUCAUUGAAGUGACAGAAAUGUUGCAUAACGCCAGCUUACUCAUUGAUGAUAUCGAAGACAGCUCAAAACUCCGACGUGGCUUUCCAGUGGCACACAGCAUCUAUGGAAUUCCGUCCGUCAUCAAUUCUGCCAAUUAUGUGUAUUUUCUUGGCUUAGAGAAAGUCUUAACCCUUGAUCACCCAGAUGCAGUAAAGCUUUUCACCCGCCAACUUUUGGAACUCCAUCAGGGACAAGGCCUAGAUAUUUACUGGAGGGAUAAUUACACGUGUCCCACUGAAGAAGAAUACAAAGCUAUGGUGCUGCAAAAGACAGGUGGACUAUUUGGAUUAGCAGUAGGUCUCAUGCAGUUGUUCUCUGAUUACAAAGAAGAUUUAAAGCCGCUGCUUAAUACACUUGGGCUCUUUUUCCAAAUUAGGGAUGAUUAUGCUAACCUACACUCCAAAGAAUAUAGUGAAAACAAAAGUUUUUGUGAAGAUCUAACAGAGGGAAAGUUCUCAUUUCCCACUAUUCAUGCUAUUUGGUCGAGGCCUGAAAGCACCCAGGUGCAGAAUAUCUUGCGCCAGAGAACAGAAAACAUAGAUAUUAAAAAAUACUGUGUACAUUAUCUUGAAGAUGUAGGUUCCUUUGAAUACACUCGGCAAACUCUUAAAGAGCUCGAAUCUAAAGCCUACAAACAAAUUGAUACACGUGGUGGGAACCCUGAACUAGUAGCCCUAAUAAAGCACUUAAGUAAGAUGUUCAAAGAAGAUGAAUAAUAUUAAGUUAUUCUUGACUGGUCCUGAUAGCUUGUUUUAGUUAUUUUUUUUUUUUUUUUUUUGUCUUUUAGUCUUUUAGCCUAUCACCUUUUUAAAAAUUUGGUCUAAGCUGUUCUCCAAAAAACUAUAGGGGAGAUGGGAAUUUGUUUCGAUUUAGAAACCCAUCUGUGCAGAUGAUCAUAAUACAUAUUGAAGAAAUUAAAAGGAGCCACAUUUAUAUAGGUCUAAUGUGAAUGUCAGAAAUUGCUGUGGCAGGAUAUUGUGACCAUCUCUGCCCUACAAAUGUGCUGUUGAUUCUGUCAAUAAAAAAGACUUCAGCUUCCAGGAA